AUGGCUGACCAAUAUCCUAUGGGGACCCUGGACGAUAGAAACGGGGGCUACUACCUGCUAGACCAUGAUGGCGCCGUGUUGGCCGUUAUAUCGGAUUCCCUAUCCGAGGAAUUAGAUGCCUCCAUGGAAGAAGCGAGAAAAUAUCAUGCCAAUAACCCGGACAAUGAGGCCGAUGUUGUUCCUAGGGGCGAUAAUGCGGCUGCCUCUUGUUCUCACCCACGCUGUCAGACCACGCUUCGUGUCGCAGAUAUAGUGAUUGCCAUGUUUGUUCGUCGAGCUAUCAUUGGUGUUUCUAAUCCUGUAUUUGUGAUGCUGCCCGAGGGAGGAUGCCUUUCAAACAAAGGCAAAAUGGACCAAAUUCUUCUUGCAAGUAGCUACAACCGUACCAAUAUCAGCCUGCCGGACUUCUACCGCGAAGGCGCAGGGAAUUCCUCCUGGGGCGGACAAAUCAUCCACGACCCGUUCGACCGCAAACUCUUCCAUCUCAUCAUCUCCCAAAUAGACAGAGGCUGUGGACUAUCAGGCUGGCGACCGUUCAGCACUGUGGUCCGCGCGGAGUCGCGUACAGGCCCGAGAGGACCCUACACAUUCGCACAGGAGCUCUUCGGGACAUUCCACCACAACCCAACCGUGACCUGGAGUCUAGCCGACAAGCUGUACCUAAUGCACUUCAUCGGACUCGACUGGAAACCACCGACGACCUGCCGCUCCAUCAAGCGCAACAAUACCAUUUCCGUCUCGACAUCACCGGACCUCCGCGUCUGGAGCGAGCCCAUCGAGCUCCUGGUGAAUGUCACCAAUCCCGCCGCUUGGCCCCUCUGGUCACCACACCACCACACAAGCCAGAUGCUCCUCGCCACGGAAAAGAACAACAUCUACACCGCAUCCAGCUACAAGGGGCCGUAUUCUCUUCGUGUGGAGCCGGGAUUUACCGAGAUUGACCCCUCCCUACGCAGCGAGGACCCCUUCCUCUGGCGCGACAAACGCGGACACUGGCAUUUUCUUGUGCACCACAUGGUCGAUAUCGCUUUGGGCAACAAGGGCCCGCGUGUGGGAGCGCAUGUGUUUGCAAGGGACUGGCACGGUCCGUGGCAUUACAACAACAUCACGCUGGCGUAUAAUACCACUGUGGAGUUUACCGACGGGAGCAGGGUGGAUUACUAUCGGAGGGAACGACCGAAGCUGUUCUUCAGCGAGGAUGGCGAGAUGACCCCGUUGUACUUGGUGAAUGGGGUGCAGGAAUUCGGGAGUCAGGCCAGUUAUACCUUGAUUCAGCCGAUUGGAAGCAAGGGGAGGGAGUAUGAAGGGAUCGUGCAUCACUAG